AUGCCUGGAUUCAAGCCUGCGGAGAAGAUUAAACCCAUCAAACCUCACAAUUUGACUGUCCAAUACAGAGAAGGUACAUAUCACUUUACAUGGAAGAGUGGAUAUGAAACCCAUUACUACAAAGAGGACCUGCUGGAAGCUUUUCAGUACCAAUUUACAUACAAAGAAAUAGGCCACACAGGCAAACACAGUGUCGCCUUGCUCUGUCGCGAACCUUCAUCAAUGGUAAGAAAUCAGCAAAAUCUCUGCUCUCCCUCCGGUCUGAGCAUGGAGGUUCCCGCCGGUGCCCAGCCCAAGACACCGUCACUACCAUCUCCUCAUCCACCCAUGAAAUGCCCUGAGGAUUUUAAAUUUGGUAAAAUCCUAGGAGAGGGUUCCUUCUCCAUAGUCGUGCUGGCCAGAGAACUAUCUACAGGAAAAGAAUACGCAAUGAAAAUUCUAAAAAAGAUGCACAUCAGAAAGGAGAACAAAUCACAUCAAGUGAAAAGAGAGAGGGAUAUCAUGUCUACCUUAGAUCAUCCAUUUUUUGUCAAGCUCUACUUUACAUUUCAAGAUGCUGAAAAAUUAUAUUUUGGACUUAGUUACGCAAAACAUGGAGAGCUGCUAAAGUUCAUUCGUAAAAUAGGAUCAUUUGAUGAGACUUGCACAAAGUUCUACACUGCUGAGAUUGUCUGUGCACUUGAAUAUUUACAUUCAUUGGGAAUCAUUCACAGGGAUCUUAAACCAGAAAACAUUCUUUUGAAUGAGGAGAUGCACAUUCAGUUGACCGAUUUUGGAAGCGCAAAGCAGCUCUCUUUAGAUGGCACACAGAAGAGAGCAAACUCUUUUGUCGGGACCGCACAGUACGUUUCUCCAGAGUUGCUGACAGAGAAGUCAGCCUGCAAGAGCUCUGAUCUCUGGGCUUUAGGUUGUAUAAUCUAUCAGCUGGUGGCUGGGCUACCACCGUUUAGGGCGGGAAAUGAGUACCUUAUAUUCCAGAAGAUAAUGAAACUGGAGUAUGUGUUUCCAGAGAAGUUCUUUCCUAAAGCCAAGGAUUUGGUAGAAGAGCUUUUGAUUUUGGACCCAGCUAAGCGAAUUGGUUGUGAAGAAAUGGGUGGGUACAGUCCAUUAAAAUCCCACUCAUUCUUUGACACCAUCUCCUGGGAUAACCUUCACCUUCAAACCCCUCCUAAGCUAACUGCUUACCUACCUGCCAUGGCUGAGGAUGAUGAGGACUACUAUGGCAAUUACGACGAUCUCCUGAGUCAGUUCUGCAGCAUGCAGGUGGUCCAGUCCAGCUGUCCUCUGGCACUCCCGUUACCAGGCACUGUGCCUUUACAGCGGCCCAGCAACAACAUCAAGCAGUACAUCCAUGACCUUGACAACAAUUCCUUUGAACUAGACCUUCAGUUUUCCAAUGAAGAGAAGCAGCUGCUGCUCGAGAAGCAGACCAAUGGAAACCCUUGGCAUCAGUUUGUGGAAAAUAAUUUGAUACUCAAAAUGGGCCCAGUUGACAAAAGAAAGGGGUUGUUUGCUCGACGACGGCAGCUCUUGCUGACUGAGGGACCCCACCUCUACUACGUUGAUCCAGUCAAUAAAGUCCUCAAGGGGGAGAUACCUUGGUCUCCAGAACUACGCCCAGAGGCCAAAAACUUCAAGACCUUCUUUGUUCACACGCCAAACAGGACGUACUAUCUAAUGGAUCCCAAUGGAAAUGCUGAUAAAUGGUGUCAGAAGAUCCAAGAGGUGUGGGGAAAGAUUUAUCACAAGCACCAAACCACGGGGAUAUAGAACCACAACAAAAGGGUUUUUCCUGCUGUGUUAAGUCAGGACAAGUCUACGCAAACUCAACCUAUUACACAUUGAGGUCCCUCAAGAACUUGCAUGUAUAUUUUAAUAUCUCUUUGGCAGGGUGGCAAGCAAUAAUCUAUAGUACAAUCUGCAAAGAACUCAAGCAAUGCUUUGCUUGUUCUCUGUGCUCUCUUUCUCAGUAACAUUUUACAUUACUCUGUGAAGGUCUUUUCAGCCAUUCUCUCAAGAGAAGAUAAGCAAAUAUUCCUCUUGUACAUAUGUAAAUACAGAGCAAUUAGCCCCACUGGCUGGGGAAAGAACCAAGCUCAUUUUUAUAGCCUUUUAAAAUAAUUAAGAGUGGUCCAAAUCAAAUUAUUGACCAACAAUCUUGAAUCCUUCAUGGAAUUUAAAAUUGGCUCAGUGUUGGGUCCUGGUUUUAUUGCUUUAUAUCUUACCACAAGUUUACAAAGGCACUGAAAUGGUUGUUGUUCUUGGUACUAUAAAAUACUAAAGUAAGGGGAUAACAAGAUCUGAAUUGAUCUUCAUUGAGAUAUAUGGUAAGAUGUAACAUGUUCUCUGGAGAGUAUGAACUGAAAAAGCAACAUCUAGCACACUUCAAAUUCAGCUCCAUUAAUGUAAGGCAUUUUAACUAUGCCCACAACUGCAGACGGUGGAAAUCUAUCAGAAUGGCAAGGUUAGCUGCGUCAUCUUGGCACUACUGUAAAAUUGGAUGCUUCCUCUAUAGAGCAGUAUAUUAACUUAGUGUUUCUUUUCUGUAUCCAGAACGCACCGUAACACAUAUACACACACAACACUGCAUGAAGUUGCUAUUGCAUCAGUUGCGGGUGUGUGUGACUGUACAGCAUUUCUGAAUUGACGUGGCUUUACAUAUAUAUGCAGUUCAUUACUAAUUAACAGGUUUGCCAGUUUCGGGUUGCUGUUUCUUGGAAUUUGACCAUGGGACACUUGGUACUUUUAGACAUGCUUUUCCUUUUAAGCAGAUCUGCAGAGAGAUGACCUCAGAGUUGAUACACAGGUCCUUGUGGAAGUACACUGCCUACUGUGUAAAUAUAGAGUAUGGUGAUAGAACCUUCAAUUAUUUUGCUGUAAACAUGUGUGGAUAUUGCAAAAACUACUUGAUUUAAAAAGCAGAUAAAAAUUAUUAUAUCUAUGUUUUAGAUUUCUUAGUACAGCCCCGCGCCCACCCUUUAUUGA